GCUCCGUCGGGGCCCGGCUGCUGGAGGAGCUCCGAAGUUUGCGGAGCGGCCGGCGCCAUGUGGCUGCUGUGGCUGCUGCUGGGCUCGGCGGAGAGCCAGCUGUUGCCUGGGAAUAACUUCACAAACGAAUGCAACAUUCCUGGAAACUUCAUGUGCAGUAACGGGCGCUGUAUCCCAGGGGCCUGGCAGUGUGAUGGCCUGCCAGACUGCUUUGAUGACAGUGAUGAGAAGGAAUGUCCGAAAGCCAAAUCCAAAUGCGGUGCCACAUUCUUCCCCUGUGCUAGUGGGAUCCACUGCAUCAUUGGCCGCUUCCGGUGCAACGGCUUUGAGGACUGUCCUGAUGGCAGCGAUGAGGAAAACUGCACAGCAAAUCCCUUGCUUUGUUCUACUGCCCGAUUCCACUGUAAAAAUGGUCUUUGCAUUGAUAAAAGCUUUGUGUGUGACAGUCAAAAUAACUGUCAAGACAACAGUGAUGAAGAAAGCUGUGAAAGCCCUCAAGGGUCAUGGUUUUAUUCCCAAGUGCAGAAAACCUUUCCUUUACUGAAAUUUGAGGCAGGCAGUGGCCAAGAGUAUGUGACCUCAGAAAAUCAGCUGCUUUACUACCCUAGUAUUACCUAUGCUAUCAUUGGUAGCUCUGUCAUUUUCGUACUCGUGGUGGCCUUUCUUGCCUUAGUCCUGCAUCACCAACGAAAACGCAACAAUCUCAUGACCCUGCCAGUGCAUCGACUGCAGCACCCGGUCCUGCUGUCCCGGCUGGUGGUCCUUGACCACCCGCACCACUGCAGCAUCACCUAUAAUGUCAAUAAUGGUAUCCAGUAUAUGUCAAACCAGGCCUAUGACAGGCCAGUGGACCUGGAGUCUCCACCAUCUUAUUCAGAGGCUGUGCUCGACCAAAGACCACCUUGGUUUGACCUUCCUCCACCACCUUAUUUUUCUGAAUCCGUUAGUCAGCCAGACCUUCCCACUUACCAAUCUCAAACAAGGAGCCUGGUGACUACAGAAACCCCCGUGGCAGGAAGCCCUUUGUGCACAGCCAGCAGUUGUACAAGCGACAUCUAUGACAGCAUGGAUGGCCACAGAACUCUUCUUGAGAGGACAGCAGAUCAAAGUGAUUCUCAACCACAUUUGUGAAAGAUAAAUGUAACUGCUCCAGUAUUGCGGAUGGGCAGGAAGGCAUUUACUUGAUUUCAAGUCUGUAUGAGUUAAUCUGCUGUGCCUAAUAGAUGGCAGGGGAACAUAUGCCUGAAUCAUGACUUGAUUUGAAUCCACACUAAGUUAAUAGUUAAAUUCAGCAUUUUGGGAUCACCAAAGACAGAACUGUGAGAGCUAAACCUAGAAUCACUUCAACUCUCCGUAAUAUUUCUGUGAGCAAGUUAUGGUUCAGACUAGUAAGAGAAACAUCAGUGGUGUGACAAAAAACUCAUGUGAUGUAUUUCUUGGACUUUUUACUGUAUAUGAAUUUAUAUAUGUGCAUGUAUAAUAUAUACAGAGGUUGCACACAAAUACUAUGCCAGAGGGACUCUUGUUUCAGACUGCCUCCCAUCCUGUUGACAUGUGAGCUGUUUCUUCUUACUGCUUGGUGCCAGCUGAUGGUCAUUGAAGCACAUUGUAGGUCUGGUGCCCAAUGCUAUCCCACUUGGAAGUGAACAAAUAUCCUACUUGCCCCUUCUUUUCAUGGUCUGGUAAAUUCUCAGUAUUAAUGUAAUUUUCAAAGUUUAGUUUGUGAGGAUGCAACAACUCGUAACUGAGCCAAAAAGAGAUUUUUUCUGAAAUGCUAAUAUCUAGGCCAAAUUUGCAUGGGUUUUCUCAGGAACACCACAAAAGUUAGCUUGUGUGUCAGACUUCAGGGCUGAGUAUAGAGGCACUGAAGCUUCUUAACAAACAAGCUCAAGACUUAUUUUCAAGUGUGGCAAAAUAUUAGUCCAUGUGUUCCUUCUUCAAGAAAACAAAAACAAAAACAAACCAAAAACCAAACAAGAACCAAACAAAACAAAAAAAAAGAACAAAAAAACCCCAAACUGUUUCAGGUAAAGUUUGAACACCAAAACCAGCCUGAAACAAACACCCAUCAUAGAAAGCUUUAGUGUGAGUGACCAGUUUGUUAUAUUUUUAAGAUAACUGAAAGCAGGUUAUAUAGUGAAAGGUGUUGGGCUUAUUGGCCUGGUCUGCAUACAUGCAUGGAUACAUGUCUAAUGAAUACUGUGUGUGUAUGUAUGUAAGUGAUGUAUUGCAUAGGUUUAGUUCUGCUACACUAGUAGAACUCUAAAAUGUCAAAGUUUCGCUUCUCAUUGUUUUUUAUGGAGAUUGCCAUUAUUUGUGUUUAUUUGGUAGAAAUUCUCACUCCUGCACAAAUAUAGAAUUACUUGUGGCUGUUUUGUCCUAACUCUUGGAAUGGUCUCUUGUGAAGUGUGUUUCACUGCAAUGUUGAAUCACCCAUGUGAAAGCAUCUCAGAGGUGAAGGUAUUCAGAGUGCCAAGUGGGAAGGUGAGCUGUGAAAUUAAAUGCCACUGCAGUACAGUGCUUGUGCUCAGUAUACAGAAAACAAUAUAGUAUCUUUCUCUUGUCCUGAGGGAAGUUAGCCUUGAAAAAUUAUUUAUAUUUGUCUGUCAGACACAUUUCCCAUGCUUUCUUCCAUAUAAUGAACAGUUUCAUUAAAUGGACCUUGCUGUUUAAUGGAAAUGGAGGAAGCUGAUUGACCACACCUGCUCUAUUCCUCCCCAUCUUUCUAAGGCAACUUCUUUCACCCAAGGUUAUCUUCUCAGAACCCAAGAAUUUUUGAGGUUGAGCGUAAGAAAAGGAAUGACUCGAGGUCAGUCUCAGUUCCCACACAUAUACCUGAAAAAUUUUUUGGUGUUUUUUUAGUUUUGUUUUUUUUUUUGUUUUUUUUGGGGGGUUUUGUGGGUUUUUUGGUUGUGGUUUUUUUUUUUUAGUUUUCAUCUCUGGAUUCUACUGCUGUGGUAUGUAGGAGGCAGGGGUCAAGUGGAUUUAGAAGCACACCUCAUUCCAGGACUGAGGUAGCACAGUAGGGAGCACUGGAGAAUUCUAAUGCUGAUGGGCUUGGCUGACUUUGGAAACAGUUAAUGACAGCCUUUCAUUACAGGCCUCAGCAGCCUGUCUUGAAAUGAGUUGGUGAAAAUUCUCUUAGGUCAUUUUAAGGCAAUGUACAAGAUUGGGUCAGUUCUCAUCCUUGGUGGGAGCUCAAGUAAUGUAAUUAUGCUUAUUAUGCUGUCCUUCACAAAGCAGGACUUGGCUAAUUAAUUUAUAUGUCUGAGUGGAUAGGUAGACUUUCAUCAUUAUCACAUAGCAGACAGUUAUCCUUUAUUUUACAGGUAGGUUAAACUCAGGUGCAUAGCUGGGUGCAGGGGUGUCUUCUGAGAACACUGGGCCCUGCUUGUCCCUCCUGCCUUUCAUUAAGGUUGUGCUUAGCCUCUGUGAGACAUAAUGCUGUAUCAGAAUUAGCCUUUUUUUUUUCCUUUUGCAGUUUUUAAAGCAUUUUGUUGGACUUCAAACAUACUGUUUAAAGAGUGUGUAUUUUUUCAUUAGAAUUAGACAUCUUUUGAAUUUUGAAGUUGUCAAAGGCUGUAUUACUGAAACUAAAUGAUUGUGUCCAGCAUAACUUACACAGCAUGUAUCUCUCACACAAGCCUUCCAUGGCGGACUACAUUUCACCACUUGUACUCUAAGAUGCCAGGACGUUUGCAAACCAAAUAUUGUUUGCCUUUGGCAUCUGAAAAAUAUUGCCUUGCAUUGCUAAGAAGUAGAAAAAGAGAGGACAUAAUCUGCAUCUUCUGCCUUCUGUCAGUCACUGUCAUAUAUGUCUCUCUGUGUGUGUAUAUAUAUAUAUACACGCACACACACUCUUUCAGGUUGUAUAUAUUCGUGUAACUUUUACAUUAAGAUAAGACUUUACAAAAAAAAAGUGUGACAUUUCCCCUUCCAGCUAAGUGUGUAUUUGUCUUUGUAAAGCAAUCUUUUAGUUUUUUGAGAAUACAAGUUACAAAAGGAGAACCAAAAAGAGAAACAAGUCUAGUCUUCCUCUUUCUUGUUACUUAUAGGGACCACUGAAUUUGAGGAGUACAAAAGUCUGGUAUCUUGUUCCAAAAAGGCAUGCUAAAACUUUAAGGGGGUGGGGGGGAGGCAGUGUGUGCAGUUGUCUGGUUCAUAGAACAGAUUUGCUAGUUAGUUUCUUUGUAAAUUGCUGUAGUAUCACACAGAAAUUGUUUGCAACAUGUCACCUCCUAGUAGUGUUAAAACAGCAUUAUAUUGCAUUAUUCAGUGGAAUCUUUGGGAAAGGGUGGUAGCAACAACCACACUGAUGAAAUUAAAUAUUUCACUGAAAAUGCUGCAAGCUUCUAAGGCUGCAGUUUAAGGCUGUAAUGGUUUGGUGUGAACAGUAGAGCCAGAAACAGCUGCCAUGUUGUGCUGGGCUCAGAGGCUGUACAGAGUCCAUCUCUACAUGGGGAAAGCUUUUAAAGCCUCCAGUUUUAUUAUGCAGUGUUGGACAUACCUUUUAGCUAUUACAUAAAUUGGAAAUACACACCACUAUUAUUUUUUUCUGAUAGCUUAAAAUUUAAGAAAACAUGGGUAAGGUUAAUGCCUUCAUUAUUCCCAGGUGCCUAGACACUAUUGUUGGUGGUAUUAAUGUUAUUCCAAAUUUGUCCCUUUUAUCUCAUUCCAAGUUACUUUUCUGUACCCCGUGCACAGUAUGAGGGUAUCAAUAGUUUCUACUGUAAACAUCUUGCUGACUGUUGACUGUUUUUCCUGUCUUUAAGACAGCAGUUGUUUCCCCUCACCUAAGGGUGCAAUCCCAGGAGCUUGAAAUCCUGGGAGACUGCAAGUUAAAUGUUCAUGAAACACCUUGUGGUAGCAUUUCUUUUCAGAAGCUGGUAAGAUUGGAGUUGAUUGUUCUGUUGUCUGCAGUUGCUCUUAACCUUUUAGUUUGAGUUUAGUCCUCCAAGAGCGUUUCUUUAUACUUUAUAUAUAAAGAAAUUGAUGUUAUUUCAAAGACCUAUUCUUGCAAAAGCAAAGCCGAUUAAAGUUUUCUUCCAGAGACAAAUUCUGAUUCCACACCUGUAUCGAAUGGUGACCACUGUAAUUAGUUCUCCUUAGCACCAGUAUUAAUGUGUUUGAUUCCAACAAUGUGAAGAAGUGACUGCUUGAAGUAAAAGAAGGAAUAUAGAUUAGCCUAUUGGAAAUAAGAUUUGGGUUAUUGAAAAAUAAACAAAUAAAUAAAUUUCAGGAGUUUUGAGUGUCUGUAACCACUGCUGAGUGAGAGUGCUGUGUAUUUAAAAUUAGACCAUUAGUGUAUCUGCUCAGUAAUAAUCCAAAGUUCCUUGUAAAGCAAAUUAGGAUUUACCUCUCUGGCAUCGUGCUGAUGGAAAACUGGCAGUUAUACUUUUAGAAGAGAGCCUAUGAGUAACUUUCUUGGCUCUUGUCUGCAGUGAGACAUGACAACACUAUGUUGCAAUUUUUAAACAAUUCUGCAUUCAUUCUUCCUCUCCUUUAAAGUCAAAUCAGUUUUAUUUACAUCACUUCACUUUGAUACAGCUAAUAGCACUCUUGUGAUAGAUUUAGAAGCAGCAUGGAGUCAAGAGAUUAUUACUUUAAUUUUAAUUAAUGCUACAGCUUGUUAAUCUUGUGUGCUUUACUUUUUACACAUCUUAAGACAAAUGGUUUUAGUAGAUAAGAAAACUACUAAGAAUGAAAAGCAUAGGGGGACACUGAUUUUGAAUUUACAUUUUAAUGAGUAUUUAAAAUUGGGUAUUUGAAGGAAGAAUUUAAUACUGUAUUUUUAACAUGGUGAUCAAAUGGCAAGUACUGUUUUAAACUGUUGCUUAUCAGAAACUACUUAGCAUAUGAUGCCUGGAACUAAAAUGGUGUUCUUUUCUUGCAGUUCAUACUAGAUCUGAAAUAUUUUUUAGUAACACAAGUCUAUAUUGCACCUGUGGAAAUAUGUGACAGCAGAAAGACUUUUAAUACCAUGCUGCAUUCUGCCUGAAUAUGUCCCAGUUGAGGACUGUGGCCUUCAUUUGUACCUUUUUUCUUCUGAUUUGAGGGAUUUUGUUAACUUAAAAUGGAGAUGUUGCAUAAGAGAUUUAAGUGAGGUUGUAUGUUGAAACCCAACCUUGUCUCAAACUUUUGUAAACUGGAAAUGUUAAAAAAUGUAUUCUGUAUUCUUGAAUAAAGCUGUUUUAAUACUGUUAAAAA